CUGGGAAAUUUAAAAAGUAGUUCGUCCUUCCGACUCCUUCGUCAUUAAUUUUUGAAUUUUUCUCAUUUAAAAAAAAACAAGCUAGCUGAGGCUUCAGGGAAAACUCUAUUCCUAAACGUGUGUUGGUGAUUAUACAUUAUUACCAGUUAAUUAUAUCUGCAUUUAUCUUUCUCUCAAGCGCGAGCUUCCUCGAUUGCGAAAAAAUGGCUACUGGCGGCUUGGAAGGCGCGGGAGACCAACAGUUAGGAGAAGUGGAGGAACCUUUGGAUCUCGUGCGAUUAUGCUUGGACGAGAAAAUCUACGUGAAGAUGCGCCAUGAUCGCGAACUGACGGGAACGCUUUACGCAUACGAUCAGCAUUUAAAUAUGAUUCUUGGAGAUGUGAACGAAACGAUCACCGUAACGGAAGUCGAUCCCGAAACGUAUGAAGAAAUCUACAAGGAAAACUCGCGCAAGAUUCCUAUGCUGUUUGUGCGAGGCGACGGUGUCAUUUUGAUUAGUCCUCCCACCAGAGGCUCCUGAAACUCGUCAGCGGCGAUCUGCGCGGUAUUGUGUUUGUGGGAUUGUUUUGGAUCUCGAAGAGGGAGAAAUGGUAUUUUGUGGCACGCAUGGAUUCUGACACGUCACAUCCGUUUUGAAGCGUAGCAUUUCUUAACCAUGGAAUAAUGUUUUCACUAGGUCUUUGUUAAAUGUAAUACUUGCACUUCUGUUUGUUGUUGCCGGCUGAUGAUGUAUUUGUACAACUGCACAUUUUGUGGAAGGUGCUUGUUUUUAUCGUUCUGAACCCUAGUUUGCUUAGAGCCAGUUGGAAAAUAAAUCGGCGAAAUUG